AUGAAAUGAAGGCUGGCUUUCCUCUACCUUUCCCAUCCUAUGCAAAGAACCUUCUGAUAUCUCUGUGCAAAGAGGUCCCCUUCCAAGUGAAGUGUGUAUCCUGCUACCAGGUACUACGCUCGCAUAUGGAAUUAACAGCUCAUUUCAGAACACGUUGUCGUAAUUCUGGGCCUGUGGCACUGUCAAAGAAGAGCAUCUCCCAAGUUGCAGAGAUAUUUAAAACAAAAGGUCACUGUGAGAACUGUGAUAAACUCUUCGCUGAUAGGAAUCAGAUCACCCAGCAUAAUCAAACCACUCAACAUAACAUUAAAGUUCUUACUACGAUGGAAGAGUCCAUCUUGAUGUUCUGUCAUAUUAAUGGAAAAAAUAAAAAUCAGUCUCAUUUGUGCCAUAUUGUGGAUCGGUCAAGACUGCUGCUUAAAAGGCACUUGAUGUCGAAUGAGUCUACCAGUGAAAGGGGGUCUACUCCUUCGAAACGGAAGAGCAAUUUAAAAGACGAAACUGAAGAUUGUGUUGCAAAUCAAAGUCAAGGUAGUGCUUGCAAAGUAAAAGCCUGGUUUUGUGAAUGCCUUCAAAAGUUUUUUACAGAAGAGUCAGUAGAAAAGCACGUUUUAUCAGCAAACAGGAUCUGUCACAAGUGUGCUGUGUGUGGAAAGCUUGCUGAAAAUUCAAGCAUUAUCCGCCUGCACAUGAGUCGGUUCCACGGGGGAGCUCACUUGACUAAUUUUCUUCUCUGGUGCAGGGCGUGCUCUGUGGAUCUUGGAGAAGAGGAUGUUAAGGGGCAUGUGACUGAGUUUCAUGGUGGACAUGGUUACUAUUAUGAGCAAGAAGCUCUAGAAGAUGAACCCAUGCCAUCCGCUUCUGAUGUGGCGUGCACAUCUGCAGAUGAUAGGAAAGACUGGAUUCCUAGUCCUAUGGAACUUUCCCCUGAAAAAAGUCCUAUUCUGGGAAAAUGGCAGUGCCGCAUUUGUGAGGAGAUGUUUGAGUCCGAAGAGAGCGUUAAACAGCAUUGCAUGUCCUUAGAAAGCCAUGCAUUUCACAGGUACUGCUGUGGCUUGUGCAGAGAUCACUUUCGGAAAAUAGGAACGCUGCAGCGGCACUUCCAAGAGCAUCAUAACCAAGAGAUAGAAUUUAAAUACUUCUGUGGCCUUUGUGGUGAUGUCGUCUUUGACACAGAAGAAGCUUUUCUAAUCCAUUAUAAGGAGAUUCAUAGCGUGGACUAUUUGUUUGUGCCUGAGCAGAUGGAAGUAUCAAUAAAAACAGAGGAGGACUACCUCCCAGUAGAAAAAGGAGACAGUUUAACCUGUGGUUGCCGGACAACUUAUGUCUCCAAAAUAAACAGGAGGAAUGAUUAUGUGAAUUGUCAGAAAGCCCUGCUGCAGAAAGGAAGCUUAUGGUUUCGAUGCUGCCUCUGUUUUGCAACUGCACAGAAUUUUGCUGAUUUGGACAGUCAUCUUGACAGUCACGCCUCACUGAAACGUAAGGAGGAGAUGUAUGUAGUUAGAUGUGCUGCGUGCGAUAAAAACUUUGAUGAUCUUCACAGUGCACAUCAGCACUAUCACAUGAAACACUGCUUCUUGCAGAAACCUGAUCUAUCAAGUCUUGCAGCAGAAUCAGAAGCCACGGUAUUCAAGUUCACAGCAAGUGGGGCUUGUGUGGACAGAAAACCUCACAAGCAAAAACUUCAGGCACAUCCAUCCAAGACUCAGGAAAGCCCACACUCACCUCCUCUGAAGGCACCAAUACACGGAAAGAAAGAAAAGACAGAGAACUCAGCACACGCUGAAGAACCUGGUGAAGAUGGUGAACUUCCUGAUCUUGACUACCUGAGUACCAUGACUCACAUUGUGUUGGUGGAUCUGGACAACUGGGGAAGCUUAUUCACGCAGCUGCCAGCUAACCUGAACCAAGGGACAUUUAUCUGGGGCUUUCAAGGAGGACACAACAACUGGAAACCUCCAGUGCAGUGCAAAAUUUACGAGUAUCUUAAGAGGAUUGGAUGUUUCUUUCUUCAUCCACGUUGCAGUACCAGGAGAGAAGCAGCAGACUUUGCUCUCUGUGUUCAUGCUGGACGUCUGGAUGAGCACCUGCCCAAGCAAAUUCCUUUCACUGUACUUUCUGGAGACAAAAGCUUCCUGGAACUGGAAAAUCAAUUUAAGAUGACCCAGAGGCCAGCUCACAUCCUAAAUCCUCACCACAUUGAAGGAGAAAUGAUGUGCGCCUUGCUAAACAGCAUUUCAGAUACUACAAAAGGUUCGUGUAGUGACGAGGACGAAGAUACCAAACUAACAGUGAAGAGGAGCUUAGAAGAAGCAAAGAAACAGGAAGAGCAAGAUGCAGAAUUGGAAGAAGCUAUCAAGAGAAGCCUUGAGGAAAUGUAAAUGAAGAUACUUCAGUACACUAACCCCAUGUCAUCAGAGCUGCUCGCAAAAAUGGAAGUUUGUUCAUCAGUUAACAAAGGUUCAGAAAUGCCAUGUCAAAACCACGUCUGUAUCUUGAAUCGUUAGAUUUAUAAUCUGAUGUCCUCUGUCGUGCUGAUGAACAGCUGGAGUUUAUGGAUAUCCGCUGCAAUAUAUUGUGUAUGAUAAAAAUAAAUUUUUAGGCC